AUGCAGAAUGCCCAGGCAUGGCAGACUACCGGCGAGGGGUCCCUGGACCUCAAGCGGGCGCUCUCCGGCAUAUCAGAAAUCCCUGAAUCUCUCCUAAGAGCAGAACUCCAAAGACGAGACGCCAUAGGUUCCUCAAAUACAAUAGAGAGACCCUCAUGUGGCUCCCAGGCGCAGGGCGCCUAUAAUACACCUUUGCAUGUCAUGGCGCUUUUCCUCAUUUUGGGGCUGAGCACAUUCGUCCUUGCGCGCCGUUUCCCCGGUCUUCCGAUCCCGCGACGUUUCUUGUUUAUCUCUAGGCACUUUGGGACCGGGGUCUUGAUUGCGACAGCGUUCGUGCACUUGCUCCCGACUGCAUUCGUUUCCUUGACAGAUCCUUGUCUCCCUCGAUUCUGGAGCCAUACGUAUCGCGCAAUGGCUGGCUUUGUGGCCAUGAUAUCGGUCUUUGUGGUGGUGGUGGUAGAAAUGUUCUUCGCCAUGAAAGGUGCAGGGCAUGUGCAUGGCAAUGAUUAUGACACCCUGAUGGGCGGCAUCGGUCACGAGUCUAUAAGCGACUUUGGACAUGACACGUCAGACUACUCGCGCUUGGAAGCUCAAAGAGUCCAUGGACAUAUCCGGUUAGAAAGCCUACGACAAAGUGAUCAGGCUGAGAUGGAUGAACCUGCGUCGACUUCUUCGCAUGGAUCGGAGCGGCCGCGUUCGGCUGGGAGCCAGCCAGACAAGCAGGAGGAUGAUGAUACUGAUCUUGAUGAGCUCGAUGCGUAUGCUGACGACGAACCGCCUCGUGGACACUCCCGGUCACAUUCGCUUCAUCAUCACCGGCCGCACAUGAGUGGUCACUUUCGACAACAGUCCGGCUCGGAGUUACCAAUGCAGAAUCCGCAGCGCCAGCUUCUACAAUGCCUACUCCUGGAAGCUGGUAUUCUUUUUCACAGCAUCUUCAUCGGCAUGGCACUCAGUGUCGCGACUGGAACCUCGUUUGUUGUCCUUCUCAUUGCCAUCAGCUUUCACCAGACAUUCGAAGGAUUUGCACUGGGCUCACGCAUUGCAUCACUCAUACCUGAUCUCUUCUCUCCCUCGUCCGCAAAACCCUGGCUGAUGUCACUGGCUUACGGAACAACCACCCCCCUUGGUCAGGCCAUUGGCUUGGUCUUGCAUAAUCUCUAUGACCCCGCAAGUACCACAGGCCUGCUUAUGGUUGGCAUUACUAACGCCAUUAGCUCUGGCCUUCUGCUCUUUGCCGGUCUUGUGGAGCUUCUCGCAGAAGACUUUCUGAGCGAGCCAAGCUAUGAAACGCUCAAAGGAAGACGGCGUGUAGAGGCAUGUAUAUCGGUUGCCUGUGGAGCCCUCUUAAUGGCAUUUGUCGGGGCUUUUGCCUAA